AUGAAACUGAUGAACUAUUACUCAAAGUUUAUUCCAAAUACAAAGUUGAACAUAUCACAUUUAUUACAACAGUCAACUGUUCAGGAACAUGUUCAACUUAUUCAGAAAAAUCUCCAUUUAGAACCAAUAGAAAAAUCAUGGAAAUCGUUCAAAGUUACUCAAGCUCAAGCAUCAUUAGCACAAGAACGAAUUUGGUUGGAUGAACGAAUAAGGUUUAAUGAAGGGAAUAUGUUGUCUAUAUAUAACAUAUCGAUUGCACUAAAAAUUAAAUCAAAUAGUGGUACGCUAAUAUUAAUUAGCCAAUUACGUUCAGCGCUGUUAUCAAUUAUCAACAGACAUAAGACCUUGCGUACAUCGUUAAAAUACAAUGCAGAUAGUGAAUGUUUAGAACAACGCAUAAAGCCAAUGUUCAGUGACAGUGACACUGAACAUCUUUAUUCGUUCCAAAUAAGUUCAAUAAAUUCAACAACAAAUGAGCUAGAAGAAAUAUUAAAAGAUGAAGUACAUCGACAAUGGUUUAAUUUGGAGCAAGGUAUUGUCAUGAGAUGCCACAUUGUUAAAACAACAGCAAUGACAAAUGAGAAUGUAUUAGAAAAUGGAGAUCUUAUUUUGUUUAAUUUUCACCAUUGUGCAUUUGACGGAUAUUCUAGAGACAUAUUUUUCAACGAUUUACAAAUUACUUUGAAAAAUCCACAAGAUUCAAUGAACGAUGACUGUUUUGACUACAUCGACUAUGCAAUAAAUGAAAGACAAAUGUUGUUAGAUGAAAACGAAGAUGGUGCACGAGAAUAUUGGAAGAUUUUCUUGGAUGGUUAUCCGAUCGAUAAACAAUUACAACUAUCCUAUGAUCAUCCAGAUAAACUAUUAGAAAUACGAAACGGUCACGGUUCUUCAGUAAAAUUUGAAAUUAAUCACCAGAUAACUGAAGCAAUGUUGAACUAUGCAAAACAGUUCAACAUAACCAUGUUUGAGUUGUCGAUAACAUGUUUUUAUACAUUUUUGUACAAGUUAACAAAUGAAGAAGAUCUUUGUAUUGGUUCAUUUAAUGCAAACCGUUAUCGUCCUGAAUUUGAGAAUACAAUUGGAAUGUUUGUAAACACCAUACCCUAUCGUUUCAAAAUUGAUCACCCAAAUGUAUCAUUUCACGAUUUACACACAAACAUACAUCAGAUAUGUUUAACAAUUUUACGUUAUUCGCAUUUACCGCUGCAGGAAAUACUGAAACUACAUCGUAACAAUAAAAUUGAACAACGACAGUAUCAACACUCAUCUUCAUUUUUUAAUAUUGUGUUCGCUUAUGAGAAUGUUAAUAGUAGUGAUUUAUGUUUAAAAGGUGCUAUUUGUGAACCACUUGAUAAUGCCUUUAAUGUAGCAAAAUUUGAUAUGUUAGUACGUAUGACCAAGCGCAAAAAUAGCUUAUCAUGCAUAUUUGAAUAUCCAUGUGAUCUAUUUGAACAGUCAACUAUUGAUCAAAUGUGUAACCGUUUUCAUAUUCUAUUACAACAAUUAUUUUUACCAUCAUUUAAUCUUAAAAACCAACCUAUAUACAAAUUAUCAUUACUAUUACCAGAAGAGAUUAAGCUAUUACAAGAUAUUAGUCAGACAUCUGUUGAUUUUGGUAGAGGAGACAUACGAUGUAUACAUCAUGAAUUUGUUUAUCAGGCUAUUGAACAUCCGCAAAAAAUAGCAAUUGCUCUUGAUGGCCAAUCAUUGACGUAUGGUGAAACAUUGUUUUAUGUGCAACAGAUAGCUAUAUAUUUAAUUCUGGAAUUACAAGUUAAGCCCGGACAAAUUAUUUGUCAGUGUGUUGAGCGCUCUAUUGAAAUGGUCAUUGGUAUAUUGGCUAUAUUAACAACAGGUGGAAUUUAUUGUCCAUUGAAUUCAGAUGACUCUUUAAGCCGUUUACAUAUGCUGAUUAAAGAAACACAAUCAACUCUUGUUCUUUUACAUUCAAUAACACAAACGAAAUUUCACUCAGAAAAUGUGAAUUCCGUCAAAACUUUGAAUGCUGAAGUUUCGUUUUUGAAUUUAGAACAAUUAUUAAUUGAAGCAGCAACAAGGUUUUCUGAUCAAAGGUUAUCGAUACUAGCAAAUAUUGAAAGUUUAGCAGAUGAUAUUGCCUAUAUUCUUUUUACAUCUGGUAGUACAGGAAAACCAAAAGCAGCAGCUUUUAGACACAAACAUUUUAUAUCGUGUAUUUAUUCGUGUGUUGCAGUGUCUAUUAUGGAUGAUACAGAUGUUUUUUUGCAGAUUGCUCAAUGUUCAUUUGAUGUUCAUCUCAAAGAAAUACUAGGUUGUACAAUUUUAGGUGGAACAUUGAUCAUGUUACAUCCAAAUGGAAAUCUUGAAAUGGACUACUUGUCUCAGGUAUUUUCUGAUAAAAACGUAUCAUUUGUCGACAUAGUACCAUCACUGGCUACUAUAUUAUGUGAAUAUUUGGAUCAAUCAAACAAUUUUGGUAGAUUGAAAACAAUGCGAUCAUUUUGUUUUUCAGGAGAAGCAGUAAAUCCAAAAACGAUAAAUACUUUAGCUUCAUAUUUACAACCAAAAACCAAAAUUAUUAAUGUAUACGGACCAGCUGAAUGUAAUAUUUGUUCGACAUAUCAUAUUCUUAAUCGUCAAGAGUUAACCGCAUAUGGAUCAAUAAUACCAAUCGGUCGACCAAUACCGAACUAUUCCUGUUAUAUAUUGGAUAAGCAUUUCCAACCUGUUGAGGUUGGAAAGGUGGCAGAAUUAUAUAUUAGUAGGACUGGAUUGUUUGCUGGAUAUUUAAAUCGUGAUGAUUUAACUGAACAAGCCUUACUCAAUAUACCCGGCAUAGCGGGAAAAUGUUAUAAAACCGGAGAUUUAGCACGAUAUAAUCAAACUGGUGAAAUUAUAUACAUCGGCCGAAGUGAUUUUCAAAUUAAAUUAAGGGGUAGUUAUAUAUACGGUUUUUUAUUUUCUAAUAUAUUUUAUUUUCACUUUUCUAUUUUACUUGGCUAAAAGGACUGCGAACGUAGGUUUUGGUAUGUGCGUUUCUGUUUUUGUUUUGGAAACAUCAUUUUGAACAAAAAUCUACGUUUUUCAUAUCAUUUGUUUGAGCCAAACGUUUGUAUUACAAACCUGCACUACGGAUUUUAUAAGCUUGAACAGAAAUUCCCAAUAUCGUUCUUGGUGAACAACGAUUAUUUUUCGGAUGUAGUAAAGUAUUUACAUACCAAAGUUUUGAACAAGUGAAUUUUUUUCGAAUGUUUUAAGGGUCCACCUUUCCGGCAUUUCUAAAGCACGGUUUUACGCAGAGCUAUGAAAUGAAAUCACGGUUGACAGACCUUGUUGAGUUACGCACAAUUUUUAGAAUUAGGAGGAACUAUGCACGAAGUGUUCCUUCUGAGAUAGGGAGGUCACGACAAUCAAACAAUGACCAACAGGGUUACAGUCGCUAGCUAAAAAACCUUAGUUUAAAAAGUGCAUUUUUUGGCUACUUAACCGUUUUGGGAUUAGUAAAGGGUAUGUCAAAUCUACCAGAUCCUUUUUCAUUCUUCAGGGGGACACUGUCUCUCACCUCUAACCCCUUAGGGAUUUCGUAAAAGACGCUUUUUUCUCAGAAAGCACCCCGAUACAAUCCAUGCAGCCGAAAUUUUUUUACCAUAGAUCAUGCAAUUGAAUGAAUAGCCUGUUUAUUUGAUUGAAAAAUAAGGCUUCGUGUGGUCAGAAUAGUAAAAAUAGUAAAAGAUGAACAAAAAGCCAACUUUUUGGCACGGUGUCACGGUCAAAUAUUUUUAAAAUUCUCUGUUAGAAACGAAGCAUGAUUCUUCAGUUAAAAAGAUGGCUAACCAGU